UUUUGACGGCUAUAAAACAGGGGAGCCUAAAAAAAGCAAAAUAUUUCAGUCAGAAUCACAACUAACAGUCGUGUCCUGGCAGGCAGCAGUGAAUGAUGAUGAGGAAAUUUGUAGUUUUCGUAUUUGUCUUGAUUUUUUGCCAAGAUACAGAAUGCUCAUCCAAGUGCGGGAAGCAGUCGUUGUGGAUUAACUACAGGCAGAAAAAGACCUUCAACUCACUCAAGCUUGAUACUCCAACUUCAUGCAAAUACCGCAUCAAAGCGCCAAGAGGAUUCCAUAUAAAACUCACAUUCAGCGAAUACUAUUCAGACCCCUGCUGCUCAGAUUUCAAACUUUAUGAUGCUAGCCUCAAGCCCUUCAGAUGGACCCCUUCACAGAUUCUAACGAUUCCGAUUAUUAACACUCGCUCAAUAGAAUCGCCUGUUGAACUUGUGUAUAAAACUGAUACGUUGGGAAUAAAGCACGACAUCAAAGUUCCUGGGGACACAUCGAUAACAUUCGCCUACGAAGCAAUUAUACCGAGUGACUGUGGAUUCACAACAAACGCUGGUGUUAAAUCAAAAGUCAUUCGGUCACCUGGAUAUUCUAGAGGUUAUUCAAUGAGUGGAUUGUAUUGCAAUUGGAAAAUUAAAUCAAAACCUGGUAGAGCUAUAGUUCUAAAAUUUACUGGACUUAAUAUUCAAAGAGGUCGAGAUUAUGUUGAGAUUAGGGACGGUGAUGAAAUGCUAGGAAAGCAUGAUGGUCGGCUGAACAAGUCGAUUCCGAUUGAAUAUACAGCAUAUAGCGGACAAAUGAAUAUUCGCUUCUCCACGUCAACAUCGGAAUCUAAGGGGUUCGAGGCGACAUAUAAAGAGAUUCAGGUAAACGAGACACUCGUGGUCGACAGUUCGUCAACUUCCUCAGUAGGAGAAGGAGAUCUAAAAUGCCACCAAAGAAUGCGAAUGAAAAACAUGGGAAGAGUCAUGACAGACACUCACACCUCCAUUACAUGUCUUGUUGGACAACUCUGUGGACGAAUGGAAAUGGAAGGCGAAACUAAUGGAAUGAAAAUUUGGAACGAAAACGCAAACUGUAUUCCUGCCAACUUGUGUAGUGACACUACUUGUAGUUCAGCACCAACUCCACCAGAAAUAACUGUGACGUCAUGUAAACUUUCUUGUUGUUCUACGAACAUGUGCAACGAGUCUCCGGAUGGACCAGCCGUUCCCCCAAGAGGAGGAAUCACUCCGGAACCUCCGAUUACACCAAAAAUUAUAAAAUGCGACCACACUUCUAAAAUCACAUCCGCUGAUGGACAAACAAAGGCGUCUUCGGCAGGUGAUCCUUGUACACCUGACACUGUGUGCGCCCUUUACCGCUACGAAGGAAUAGAAAAGGGCGAAUAUAACACGGGAGAACCGGUCACCGGAACCUCAGCCAAAUGUGCUCCAAGAUCGUCAUGUAACCGCGAAGCGUGUAACCAUAUUCAAGAAUCCAAAUUUAUCAAGAUAACAGACUGUGUAGUUUCAUGCUGCAAAACUGACUAUUGUAAUAAAGAUGACGGCCUUUCUCCAGGGGAAGGGGGAGUGAAUAUGAUAGACAUUGAACCAUUUUUCAUUGGUCUUAAAUUAAGAUGGGUUAAAUUUUUAGUAAAUGAUGAAUUUGAUGCUUAA